AUGCAGCACCUGCUUCCUUGUCGAAGUGGGGGAGAUGGCGGGCGGCGUGAGGUGCGCGUGGCGGCGUUGGAGGCGAAGCUGAGGGAGCAGGGCGACGCCAUGGCUGCCAUGCAGCGCGACGUGGCGGAAAUGCGCCGCGCCAUGGCCCUCCUCAAGGGGAUCGCGGCGGCGGGCGCUUCGGCGGAGAAGAGUGAGGGGGAGGGAGCGGGACAAGGGAGUGCGUCGGGAGAGGCAGCGGAGGGUAUUGGCGCGCAGCUGCCAAAAGGCGCGCGGGAAAGCAUUGUUGUUGCACUUGAAGUGGAGGAGGUGAAGGUGCGGUUGGAAGCGGCGAGGGGGGAGGCGCGGGACGCGGCGAGUGAGAUGCGCGGGGAGAUGGGCGCACUGAAGGCGGAGCUUGCGCAAUUGAAGGAAGCGGCGGAACGACAUGCGGCGGAGGUGGCGGACGUGAAGGCGACGGCGGCGCGCAUCAACGACCUUGAGCUGGCACUUGCCGCACUCAAAGACGGCCGUGCGGAGAAGAGCCGCGCCGACCGCAGCGAGGGCAGCGCGGGGGAACAUGCGGAGGCGGAGAGGCACGAGGGGAAGAGGCGGAAGAGGGACGAGGCGUGCAAGGAGGAGGAGAUGGCAGAUGCCGCUGUGGGAGUUGGGCCUCCGCCGUUUACCGAUGGUGGUGCCGUUGUUGAGAAGCGGGAUGAGGCGGAAGAGGAUGGCGAAGCGAAGGGGCGGAAGAAUCAUGGAGCGCGCGACACAAAGACUGAUCUGCAGAGGCUGAUGGCGCUAGUGGAAGCGGUGGAGAAUGCGAGCGCUAGUGGAAGCAAGAUGUGGGAGAUUUUCCGGCGGAAAGCGGCGGAGCCGCUGAUCGGCAACGUGACGACCAUCGACUUCUGCCCCUCCGCGCCCUUCCGCUUCGCCGCCACCCACUCCACUCGCGUGCGCCACUCUCGCCCCUCCCACCCGCUCUCCGCUCACCGUUCCGCUCCCCCUUUCGCUCCGCUCUCCCUCCGCGCCCUCCCACUUCGCCGCCACCACCUCCACCCGCGUGCGACCUGUUGUUUUCUCAAUCUCGACCUGUGUGUGUGCGUUGGUAACACGUGCAACAACUCCCAACCCCCCUGUGCGUGUGACGCCACGAACCCCAUGGCAGGUGACGGUGCGUUCAGCGGGCGGUUCAGGGCGGAUGGCAAGCUGCUGGUGGCAGGCGGGGACCGAGGCAUCGUGCAGCCGGGCACAGGGGGCUGUCAUGGGGGAGGGGAGAGUGGGAAGCACAGCGGCAGGGAGGGGCACAGAGGGAGUGAGGGGGGUUGUGGGGCAGUGGCAGCGGUUAUAUGGGGAGCUGAGGGGAACGGAGAGCGUCCGCAGGUGGCAGUAUGGGACAUGCUGAAGGGUGGGGCAACCACCACACCUCUCCUCUCCUCACAACCCGUUCAACAGCAGCACGAUAGAAGCGGCGGCGGAAGCGCAGCGCUGACCCCAGUGGCAUCAGUGACGUCCCACUUGCAGCCACUGGGGCACUUGCCGCUGUACGUACCGGGCACCCACCGGAAGGCCGUCACGUGCCUGCACACGUUCAGAUUCCCGGCAGAGGACUGCUUAGUGGAGCAGCGAGCGAGAGCAUGGAGAGUGAGGCAAGUGUGUGCGGCAGCAACAGCAGAGUGA